AUAUCUAUACAAGCUCGAAAAAACAUUUUCCACAGUAAAAUUACCGAAGGCUACAUCGUCGACAUGCUAACGUAGAGCUAGCAGGGGCCAAUGGGCAGAGGCGCAGGCUGUGGCGGGGGCUGGCGCUAUUUGGGUGCUGAGAGCAACCAAUGAGGAGGCUUCAGGUAGCACAGGAUAAGUAAGUUACCACAGAACAGGAACUUUCAGUCAGUGACUCGCUGGUGACAGGGCGCAGAGCAGUCAUCUGUGCGGGAGCAGCGUUGUGGGGGCUCGGUAUGGCACAGGCAGGAGUAGGCAGCAGCAGGAGGGCAGUGCAGUACUGAAGCUGGUCCGGGCACAGGCGGAUCCCAGGCAGGAGCUCACCUUUCCAUAGAGAAAGACAAGGUGCACGGACACACGGCUGCCCCAGCGCUAUCAGGAGAUCUCUGGAGAGGAGGCGACAAGAGAGUCCGUGCUGCCCACUCUACACCCGCACCACACCACCAUGGACAGCGCGCACGCCAAGCCCGUCACCGAGGUGCUCCGACACUUCCAGGUGAACGAGAGCUGCGGGCUCACCACCGAACAGGUCCGGAGGAACCGCGACAAGUACGGCCCGAACGAGUUACCAGCUGAAGAAGGAAAAUCACUUUGGGAACUAGUGGUAGAACAGUUUGAAGAUCUUUUAGUUCGCAUCCUUCUUCUAGCUGCCCUUGUGUCUUUUAUACUGGCAUGGUUUGAGGAAGGAGAAGAAACUACAACAGCAUUUGUGGAGCCUAUAGUUAUUAUUAUGAUUCUUUUUGUGAAUGCUUUUGUUGGAGUAUGGCAGGAAAGAAAUGCAGAGAGUGCCAUUGAAGCUCUGAAGGAAUAUGAACCUGAGAUGGGCAAAGUAAUCCGUGCAGACCGGAAUGGAGUACAACGUAUCAGAGCAAGGGACCUUGUUCCUGGAGACAUUGUAGAAGUGGCAGUUGGUGACAAAGUGCCUGCCGAUAUUCGUAUUAUUGAGAUCCGCUCUACAACUUUACGUGUUGAUCAGUCCAUUCUGACAGGGGAGUCUGUUUCUGUGAUUAAACAUACCGAUCCAAUCCCAGACCCCAGAGCUGUGAAUCAGGACAAAAAGAAUAUGCUUUUCUCUGGAACCAAUAUUGCUGCAGGUAAAGCUGUUGGUGUAGUGAUUGCAACAGGAGUUUUUACAGAAAUUGGGAAGAUCAGAAACCAGAUGGUUGCAACUGAGCCUGAGAGAACACCACUACAACAGAAGCUGGAUGAAUUUGGACAACAACUUUCUAAAGUCAUCUCAUUGGUCUGUGUAGCUGUUUGGGUCAUCAACAUCGGCCACUUUAAUGACCCUGUGCAUGGAGGCUCUUGGUUUCGUGGAGCUAUAUACUACUUUAAGAUUGCUGUGGCCUUGGCUGUUGCUGCUAUUCCUGAAGGUCUCCCAGCUGUAAUUACUACCUGUCUGGCCCUUGGUACACGUAGAAUGGCUAAAAAGAAUGCUAUUGUGAGGAGUCUUCCAUCUGUUGAGACUCUUGGCUGCACAUCGGUCAUCUGCUCAGACAAAACUGGUACCUUGACAACCAAUCAGAUGUCUGUGUCCAGGAUGUUUGUAGUUGAGAAGAUUGAAGGAAUGAACUGCAGUCUUCAUGAAUUCACUAUUACUGGAUCUACUUAUGCUCCAGAAGGGCAAGUAUUGAAAGAUGAUAACCCGGUUCAGAGUGCACAGUACGAUGGUCUGGUGGAACUGGCUACUAUAUGUGCCCUUUGUAAUGACUCAUCCUUGGAUUUUAAUGAGUCCAAAGGAGUAUAUGAAAAGGUUGGAGAAGCAACAGAGACUGCCUUGACCUGCCUGGUGGAAAAGAUGAAUGUAUUUAAUGCUGAUUUGUCCAAGCUUUCUAAGGUGGAACGAGCGAAUGCCUGCAAUUCUGUUAUAAAGAAACUUAUGAAGAAAGAAUGUACUUUGGAGUUCUCACGUGAUCGCAAGUCUAUGUCUGUAUAUUGCACUCCUGUUGGUUCCGGUGCCACAUCAUCUGGCAGCAAGAUGUUUAUUAAGGGUGCUCCUGAAAGUGUAAUAGAGCGCUGUAAUUACGUACGUGUGGGUUCUACGAAGCUUCCUUUGACCCCAUCUGCUAGAGAGAAGAUAAUGUCCAAGAUUCGAGACUGGGGUACUGGUAUGGACACCUUACGCUGUCUUGCUCUGGCUACACGGGAUGUGCCACCGAAGUUGGAAGACAUGCAACUAGAAGAUUCUAACAAAUUUAUCAAUUACGAGACAAAUUUGACAUUUGUUGGGUGUGUUGGCAUGCUUGAUCCUCCUCGUAAAGAAGUAACUACUUCAAUUCAGAUGUGUAAAAAAGCUGGAAUUAAAGUAAUAAUGAUAACUGGUGACAACAAAGGCACAGCAGUGGCUAUCUGCCGAAAGAUUGGAAUUUUCUCAGACUCAGAGGACAUAACAGACAAGGCUUAUACCGGCAGGGAGUUUGAUGACCUCCCAUUAGAGAAACAGAGGGAUGCUUGCCGUAUCGCUCGGUGUUUUGCCCGUGUGGAACCAGCACACAAGUCUAAAAUUGUAGAAUAUUUGCAGUCAUUGAAUGAAAUCACUGCUAUGACUGGCGAUGGAGUAAAUGAUGCUCCUGCUCUUAAGAAAGCUGAGAUCGGCAUUGCUAUGGGCUCUGGCACUGCUGUGGCAAAAUCAGCUGCAGAAAUGGUUCUGUCUGAUGACAACUUCUCCACUAUAGUAUCUGCAGUUGAAGAAGGGCGAGCAAUUUAUAAUAAUAUGAAGCAGUUCAUUCGCUACCUUAUCUCUUCUAAUGUUGGUGAAGUAGUCUGCAUCUUUCUUACUGCAAUCCUUGGCCUACCUGAAGCCCUCAUCCCUGUUCAGCUCCUCUGGGUUAAUCUGGUCACCGAUGGCUUACCUGCAACUGCUCUGGGAUUUAACCCACCAGACCUUGAUAUCAUGGACAAGCAGCCUCGUAAUCCUCGAGAGCCACUUAUAAGUGGAUGGUUAUUUUUCCGAUACCUGGCCAUUGGAGUCUAUGUAGGCCUAGCCACUGUAGGUGCUGCAACAUGGUGGUUCUUAUAUGAUGAAGAUGGACCACAGGUCACUUUCUACCAGCUGAGACACUUUAUGAAAUGUACCCCUGACAAUGAUUUGUUCGAGGGCAUAGACUGUGAAGUGUUUGAGUCCCGCUAUCCUACAACUAUGGCCCUUUCAGUGCUUGUAACUAUCGAGAUGUGCAAUGCCCUAAACAGCUUGUCUGAAAAUCAGUCAUUAUUAAGGAUGCCACCAUGGCUUAACUUCUGGCUUCUCGGUGCCAUUGUAAUGUCCAUGGCUCUACACUUCCUUAUACUCUAUGUGAAGCCAAUGCCAUUAAUUUUUCAAGUAACUCCUCUGAACUGGUAUCAGUGGAUGGUAGUUAUGAAGAUCUCAUUGCCUGUUAUUCUGCUAGAUGAAGGGCUCAAAUAUAUCUCACGGUAUCACUUAGAAGGUUUACUGAAGACUGUAGAACAGUCCUGGAAUGGAACUACUCAGAUGAAGACCUCUAGAAGUCAAGAACAAACUGGGAGGAAACGAUAUCCACAGCACACGGACAAUAAUGUUUCUAAAUAAGGUUUUCCAUUAUGGCGAUCUAAACCGAAGAAUCCCAUGUCUGCAAGUCUUAAAGUGAAAGAGGACUUGCAUGUUUCUACCUACCAUUACAAUGUGGGUGAAUAACGAAAACAAGAAAAAAAGGAGAAAAAAAUAUUUGUUAGUAGCUUUUUUCUGUACAUAACUGUGCAAUAACUGGACAUCUUAAUUGUGGUUUGGGGAUAAAAAUAAAUCAUGUUGGCAAUGCAGGAUUUUAUGGAAAAUCAGGAUUUGCUAGUUUUUAUGUAAUGUGAAGAGAUCCUCAGUCCCUGUUGGUGCUGACAUACACAUGAAAUGAUGUAACUUCAGGGAAGGCUACAACAUGCUUUAACAACCUGUCAUCAUGGGGAAAGGAGACGCUUCCUGCUUACAAUAAUCUGUAGUCAUCUUGUAUAAAGGCAGUUUAAAGACUACAUCCAUGUUCAAUGUAUGCUAUUCUGCUAUUGCCAAAAAUACAUGCUUUGAUCAGCUAGAUCACUGCUGAUUUACAGGUUGUGUAAUUUCCUUCAGCUAUGACACUGAGAAGCUGUGACAUUCACUGUGUGAAGUUUUAAGCAGUCUCACUUCUUCCUUACUGUGUAUGUAUCUUUUAAGAGAGCUCUGGUGUGUCCUUCAUUCAUUUCACCAUAUCAGCACAAACGCUGUGUUCUGAGGUGCCUAGAUUUUAGCACUGUAAAUUGUGUGUGCAAGUGGUGGAAAGUAAGUAGUAAUGCUUUGUGGGGUCAAUGGCUGCUUUGUUGCAGAUGGGUUUUAUAGCUUCUAUAUUUGAUUAUAUAGUGGAUGACUCAUAGAGGGCUAUACAGCACACUACUUACAUAGUGGACUUUCUUAAUGAUCAGAUAUGACUCAGAUAUUGGACCUAUGGGUCUACACAAAAUAUUUUAGAAUUUGGGCUUUCUCAAGGGAUGCAGCUUGAUUUUGCUUGUUAAAAUGAAUUCUCAUAAAGCAUUUGUUAAACAGUGCUGCUUUUGUAAUUAGAAAUCACAACUGAAGCUUCAGUUUUAUCCGUGAACCAUCUAAAUCUCCACACAGUUGUUAAUGUAAUUGUCAUGUCAUCUGUCUGAUUUAGGGGAAGAAUAGUAUAUAGUGUACUGGUCUUCAUCGCCUUCAUUUUAGUAAAUUUAAGACUUUCUUAGUUCCUGCUUACUUCAUGGAGUGUGCUAUGCAAUGGUGAGGAAAUUGAUAUAUGCAGGAUUUUACAAUUUUUUUUAUUUUAUUUAAAAGAGAAUCUGUUAACUAUAAAUUGCAUUCCAAACUGCUGACACUGUUAAAUAAUUUGUAAAGGCAAGAAGACACAUGGUACAUUUCAUAGGUCUGUGCUUCCAUAAUGUAGAAAAAUGCAUUUAUUCUCUAUUGCAGGCAUAGGCAACCUUCGGCACUGCUGAUGUUUUGGACUACAUCUCCCAUGAUGCUUUGGCAUUCUUUUGGCUGUAAGAGCAUCAUGGGAGAUGUAGUCCAAAACAUCUGCAGUGCCGAAUGUUGCCUAUGCCUGCUCUAUUGUAAAGAGUCAAAGGGGUUCCCAAGCCACUGACGUGCUGAGUGCUUAAACACUUCCUUGAUGUCUGUCCCUCUUUUCCCUGUUCCUGCUUGAUUAACAAUCAGCUGGAAGCCGAGCCCUGUUUUUCAGAUUUCACACAUGCCCAAACUUUGUAUGCACAGCGGCGGAACAAGAUUUGGUGGCUCAGUCCUGACCUGUUAAGCAGGAUCCGGAAUGGGAGGGGGUUGUAAAGGUGUUCCAGCCCCCAGCACUUUAGAAGCUUGGGAACACCUCUUUUUGUACGGGAGAAUAAAGGCAUUUUUCUGUUAUGAAAGCAGAUACAUGAAAGGUACUGUAUGUCUCCCUGUCCUAACAUCUAUCUAACAGUGUCAGCAGUUUGGAACUUUAAUUGUAGCUCACAGAUUCCCCUUUAGCAGAAUAGUAUUAGUAAUAAAGGUUCCACUUUAAAAGCUUGUUGUUUCUCCCUUGUUCCAGACUUUAGUUAUAGUUGAUAUAUAGUUAUUUCACCAGCUAUGUCCAAAGUUAAUAUAUAGUUAUUUCACCAGUAAUGUCCAAAGCCUUAGACUGCAUUCCCACCACGAUUUGACCUUCCAAUGCACAGAUACGAUUUUGGAAGCUCAAAUCACCUCAAAUCGUAUCUGUGCACAGACAGGUACUGACAGAUACGGAGCCAUUAAUUAUUAAGGGGCUGUGGACCCCAUCAUAGUCAGCUAGUGACUACGAUCUGAUCAUUUUCUCGGGGGAUCAGAUUUUUGACUCGGACUGAAAAUCGCGGUCUGCCACGAAAAUGACCAGAUUGUAGUCACUAGCUGACUACGAUCGGGUCCGCAGCCCCUUAAUAAUUAAUGGCUCCGUAUCUGUCAGUACCUGUCUGUGCACAGAUACGAUUUCAGGCGAUUUGAGCUUCCAAAAUCGUAUCUGUGUAUUGGAGGGUCAGAUCGUGGUGGGAAUGGAGCCUUAAUCUUAUAUCUACUUCACAAUGCAGUACAUGUCACUCUGUUAUCUGGUGACAAUACAUAGAUAUGUGGUAUGCUUCCUUGGGGGGAACCUAUUAGUACAUGCAAAGGACUAAAAUAAGGUUGUAUGUGAUUAAUACUUUGUAAGAAAUGUUGCUUAGAAUGCUUUCACAUUGUUGUUUCUUUUUUCCAAUGUUUGCCUUAAAUGCAUAAAAGGGACUGCUUCCACACUAUAAAUAAUCUAUUGAAGGGUAAAAUGUUGCCCACUGUUUUGUCAUACUUGGAUAUACUGUAUGUCAUGCCACCAAGAUGUAUAGGAAUGUGUACACUUGUUAUACUACUGAGUAGACUCAUUGUACAGAAAAAAAUGCAAGAUAUCUUACUGUAAUUAAUUAAUAUAUUCUAUAUUUAAGGAGCUAUUAUUUUGCAGAACAUCUUGAAAUAAGUUUGACCAAAUAUAUUAUUCAGUUUUACUUUUUGUUGAAAUGUAUUCCUGUUUAGAGUGGGUUCUGAUUUUUAACAAUAUUUGUAUAUGAGUGGAAUUUUUAAAGAAUAAAAGACAAUUAUAUUA